GUGAUUCAUACAUUCUCCUGCUCUCUCUCUCUGCUUCUCUAAAUCUUACGAUUUCUUUCAAUUCGCCCCUUUAAUUUUACAUAAAUUACGUAAAUGUCCGGAAUCUUAGUUAAUUCCGCCGCUAACUCCCUCCGCUUCUCACCGGGAACUAGCCUUCCUCAUCCGAAGCCAACCAGAUCACACCACGGCACCGCGCGGUUUCCCACCGGGUUCAGAGCUUCCGCGGCGCAGACUCUCCACGCAGAGCCAGCUGUAACGGAAUCGAUUCGCCGGCGAGCGUCUAGCCUCUACGAGCUGCUCAAAGUCAACGAAACGGCGUCGUUGCCGGAGAUCAAGACCGCGUACAGGAGCUUGGCUAAGGUUUACCAUCCCGACGCGUCGGAAUCGGACGGACGAGAUUUCAUGGAGAUCCAUAGAGCUUACGCGACGCUCGCGGAUCCGACGACGAGAGCGAUUUAUGAUUCGACGUUGGGAGCGAGAAGGAGACGGGUGCAGGUUGGAGCGAUGGGUCGGGCGGGUCGGGUGUAUGCGUCGACCCGGAGAUGGGAGACGGAUCAGUGUUGGUGAUUUAGGGUUUUUCAGAUUAUGGUUUUGUAGCAGUUAAAGGGCACUUUUUUUUUUUACUUAAUUUUCUCCCUUUUAGUUAAUUAUAAGGGGGAAAUAAGUUUUAUCAGCCUUUUUUUCUUUUUUGGUUUUAACUCAAGCAGUUAACAAUGUAUAAUUCAAGUUAUGAAUUAGAGAGAUGUAUAUUAUUUUCAUUCUCUGUUUUUGUAGACAAGAGAUUAACUAUCGAUUAGUUUGAACAAGUG